ACACAACGAUACUACCUCACCUACUGACAUACUGGCCGUGUGUAGCCAGUACCAUUCUGUUCGGUGCCUUCGCUCAGGCACUAUCCAGCCACAGGCAGUCGUCGAACCGGUCAUGGCUAGGCUUCUGCAUAUCGUGCAGAACAACUAUCAACAGAUCCUCAAUGAAACGAUUGAAGACCCCAUAGUAGACUCAUGGCCCCUAAUGAGCAGCCCAUGGCCUGUACUGUCCAUCGUCAGUUUUUAUCUCUACUUCGUACUCCAGUUGGGCCCGGCGCUCAUGAAGACGAAACCAGCCUUCGACCUGAAGUAUGUCAUGAUCGUCUACAACUUCUACCAAGUCGUUUUUAGCACUUGGAUGUGCUUUAGGCUUUUUACCACUGACCGUGCUAUUCAAUACAUGAUACAGCAUGGGUGUCAACCUCUGUCUAAGGAACACAAUCCAGUCCAAGACCCGUUGAGAGAAGCUGCAUGGUUUUACUUCGUGUCCAAACUGAUCGAGCUACUAGACACGGUGUUUUUCGUACUGCGAAAGAAACAGUCGCAAGUAACAUUUCUACACGUCUACCAUCACAGCAACUUGGCCAUAUCGACCUGGGCCUACCUCAAAUACGUCAAAGGAGAACAAGGUAUUCUCAUAGGAUUCCUCAACUCGUUCGUUCAUGUAGUCAUGUACCUGUACUACCUCCUGGCUGCCCUGGGGCCCUCCAUGCAGAAGUACCUCUGGUGGAAGAAGUACAUCACGAAGCUGCAACUGGGCCAGUUUAUAAUCUUCAUCGUCUACCUUCUCACUCUACUCGCCUUCGACUGCAAGCUGCCCAAAGCGCUCACCGUCUAUAUGACCCUCAACAGCACCGUGUUCCUCUACCUCUUCAGCGACUUCUACAGGAAAGCCUACCUCAACAGCAAGAAGAUCCAGCAAGCGUCCACAUGCCUGCAGAAAUCAAAAUCGAACUAACGUUCCAAAAGUCACUAAUUCUAGGUUAUGUAAAUAAAUAAUUAUUUCUGUU